AUGUUUGAUGGCCGUGGAGUUAAGAAAAUUACAACUUUCUCACCUCUGUUGAGGAGAACAAUUGUUGAAGUUCAGAUGGUUGAUAGAAUAGAUUUGACUCACCUGAAGGUUUAUGCAAUUGAUGUUGAUGAAGCAGAUGAGCUUGACGAUGCACUCAGUGCGACAAAGUUGCUGGAUGGCCGGAUUAAAGUUUGGAUACAUGUUGCAGAUCCAACUAGUAUAGUUCAACCUGGGAGUAUAAUUGACAGAGAGGCAAGGAAAAGAGGAACUUCUGUGUUUUUACCUACUGCUACUUAUCCAAUGUUUCCUGAGAAACUUGCCAUGGAAGGCAUGAGCUUGAAGCAAGGGAAGCUUUGCAAAGCUGUAACAGUAUCCGUUGUGCUACGCUCUGAUGGAAGGUAA